AACUGCUUGGAGAAAAUGGAAAUUGCGGAAAAGCCAUGAAUAUCAAGCAAAAUCAUUUUAGGGAAAUUGGAUAGGCAAAUUCGCUAUGUAUAAUUUAGUAAAACGUCACCCCGAUCUUAAAAUUAUUAAUGUCAUUGUAAAAUGUUACAGUUUAAGUAGAAAAACUCACUAUGAAGUAUUGAAUUUACGUCGAAAUUGUACUGAUAAGGAGAUAAAAGAAGCCUAUAUACAAAUGAGUAAAGAAUUUCACCCAGACAAAAAUAAAGACAAGAAUGCACAGCAGAAUUUUGUGAGGAUUGUUGAAGCAUACAACACACUUAGUAAGCCUGCCAGCCGUGCGCAGUAUGACAGUUUAACUGAGUUAAAUACAAGGCCUACCUAUCCACAUCAUGCUUAUGAAACAUACAACCACAGAACAAACUACUACCAAAGGUAUCAACAUCAAGAGUACAAAGAACCUCCUAAGGAUUACUACGGGGUGAGCGGCCUCAAGAAACUUCCCAACUACAUCAUCAUCAUGGUUUGCUUCGGCAUAGCGCUUGUUGGUACUCUUUUGCAAGUUCUUGUUAUUAGGGAGAUGUACAUCUCAAAUAGACGAAAGUCUGCUGAGCAGAGCAAGUACUUGUCUGAAGAAUUGGAAAAGGUGCGGGCAACAGCGAAGAGUAACACAAAUGAUAUUCACACGAAGAUAUUGUUGGAAAAAAUAGUCCAAUCAGCCAAUCCAACGAUUGCCACAGCGUCUCUGGGACAAGCAUUGGCCAAUGAAAAAAAGGAUCAAGAAAAUAUACUCACCGAAUUCGGUCUAUCCGACAUAUCAGAUCCGUGGCUGACAGAAUUUGCGGAACAAACUUUAGACCAGGUGAAUAUACACGACCUAAUAAUAAGAAAAUUAAACACUCUUCACUACCAUUACAGUCGUUACAGGUAAUGAAUGUCUUUUCAGGAACAAAGUUGAACCCUAAUGUAAUGUUGUAACUUAUGACUCA